ACACACAGCCAGCGGCUGCAUCUGCACAGAUGUGAACAUCUGGAUCUUGUUCACACUCAGCCAGAGGAGGACGCCUGGCCUUUCCAGAAAAGGACCAAUCAGAACUAACAGAGGAGGAUGCCCUGGACGGAAUCAAGCAGAGGAAGCACUGACCAAGUCCACACCCAGCUGAGGCCCCAGACAAGGGAGCAGAGAUGCUGGCCUGUGGGAUUCACCUCCCCGGAUCAUUGUGAGCACUAAAAGGAAGUGAAUUCAUACCAAGCAAUUGGGAAGGUGGCUGGUGCAAAGUGGGAAGUCAUCAACCACAAUCACUAAUAAGUAGAGAGCAGGACUCUGAUGUGGCUUGGAAGGAGCUGUAGGAGGGGUGAGGUCACACUGCUUCCAGCCUGAUGCAGACAAGGAGUUGAAGAGAGGUCACUGGGAGCCCGUGCUUCCACCAUGAGCUCAGAAAACUUCGGACACUGCUCAGAUAUUGAGAUCUUUUUGGAGGAGGUCAUUGAAUGUCUCUGGGACAAACUCAGCAGAGAGCAACUAGGACUCCUACUGAAUGAACUCCUGAAGAAACUUAAGACUGAGGACAGAUUGUCCAGGGAAGACGCGGAUGAACUACACAAAUAUCUGAAGGAAUUGAAAAGAGCCUUGGUUGAGGAGGACCAGGAAAGACUCACCAAAGAGGAACUGGACAGGAGGAGGUUUCUGAUUAAGUUUCCUCAGGUGAAACGGCAGCUGGAGGAGUUCAUAGGCAAGUUCCAUAAGCUCGCAGACAAGGUUGACAAGGUGCAUAAGGGAUGUACCAUCUCCAACGUGAUGACCCACAGCACCGGUGCUGUGUCUAGUAUUCUGACCAUUGUUGGCCUGGCUCUGGCACCCGUGACAGCGGGGGCCAGUGUGGUGCUCUUGGCCACAGGGAUAGGGCUGGGAGCAGCAGCAGCUGUGACCGGUGUGUCCACCAGUAUCAUCGAACAUGUGAAGAGGUCAUCAGCAGAAACCGAAGCCAGUCGUAUGAUGUCAAGUGUCGUCAAGAAAUGGAAGGUUCUUCUAGAGGUACUCAAGAGCAACCCCCACAUUGUUGAGACAACAGAGGAAAUCACAGAAAUUGUACAAUGCAUUGAAAUGAAAAUCUGUACCCUGGAGACAGGCAAAGACAACUCUGGCUCUGCAGCCAGUGCAAACAAUUACAUGAGUGCUGGGAGGAUCUCAGUCCCAGCUAUCGAGCAGAUACAGGCAGGUUUCAAAGCCACAGCUUCAACAAUAACCAAAGGAGCCCGGAUCAUGGGUUUGGCCACUGCAGGGGUCUUCCUUCUGGUGGAUGUGGCCUUCCUGGUGAGGGAGUCAAAGCACUUGCACAAUGGUGCCAAGACAGUAACAGCUAAAAGUCUGAGGGAUCAGGCACGGGAUUUUGAGAAGAAGUUGGAGGAGCUUACCCAGAUCUAUGAGAGUCUGCAGGAGGCCGUGAUUUAGCCAUUCCCAGAGCAGUGCGGGGUCCAGGGACACGUGAGGGGCUAACGUGCAGAGGUACCUUGUUAAAGGGAAAGAGGGAGGCCACAUUAAUGAAGCUGGGGGUUAGGAAUUUGGCAUUUCUGUGGUUGAGCACAGCAGUGCAGGGAUGGAUGUAGGUGAUGGAUGAGGAGAGAGAAGGAAGGGGCCUGAAGCCUAGAUUAAGGGAGGAGGGGGCACGAGAGAAUGAGAGGCAGGGAGAAACCACUUUUUUUUCAUACUAAGAACAUUUUAUUUUGUGCUGGAAUAUAGCCGAUUAACAGUGUUGUGAUAGUUUCAGGUGAACUGCAAAGCGACUCAGUCAUACACGUACAUGCAUCCAUUUCCCCCCAAAUUCUGCUCCCAUCAGAAACCACUUACUUUGGACUAUUGAUAACCCUGGAGGCAGAAUAAAGGGAGAGGCAGGCGAACUAGGUAUGAGAGGCCAGGUAUACGAAUGGGUUGACAAUGGGAGAAAGUCAGAGAGUUAGGAUUGUUGGGAUCCAGAAGGAGCAGGGGCUCCUCUAUCGCCCUCCCCAGGCUGUGAUGUUCCAGCAAGAAGAGUCUUCCCCUGCUGGUGGUCUCUGGACCUUUCCUCCAACAUCAACUCACCUUUGGCCUUAGCUGAUGUAUCUUACUUAGGCAGUGACUUAUUUUGUUUGUUUGUUUUAUUGAAGGAUAAUUGAUUUAAAAUAUUCUGUUAAUUCCAGGUAUACAGCAAAGUGAUUCCAUCAUACAGGUAUCUAUGUAUUUAUCUGGGCUUCCCAGGUGGUAAAGAAUGUGUCUGUUAAGCAGAGACACAGGUUUGAUUCCUGGGUAGAGAAGAUUCCCUGGAGUAGGAAAUGACACCCCAUUCCAAUAUUCUUGUUUGGAAAAUCCCAUAGACAGUGGGGCCUGGCAUGCUACAGUCCAUGGGGUUGCAAAGAGUCAGACACAACAGAACAUCUGAGCAUGUGUAUAUCUAUAUUCUUUUUUAUUCAUUUCCAUUAUAGUUUACUACAAGAUAUUGAAUACUGUUCCUAUGCUACUGCAGCAGGAAGGCACUUGUUCAUCUGGUGUGUAUCUGUUAAUCCCAUCUCCUAAUUUGUGUAUCCCAAAAAAACUUUGAUAAAAUGUUCACUAUCUAUGUCUAUGAGUCUAUUUCUAUUCUGUAAGUAAGUUCAUUUGUGCUAUUUUCUGGAUUCUACAUAUAAGUUAAUAUCA